CUCUUAGUGCUAGCCCGCCGGCCGGGACUAGCUGGCGCGGGGCCUUCCACCUCGCCCAGACCCACAUGCGGGUGUGAGCGGCCGCUUCCCCGCGCCCGGGGCAAGGCCCUCGGCCACUGCGCGGGCGACAGAGCGAAAGGCCUUGCGCCGUUUGGAAGGAAGCGACCCUCUGACGUGUGGAAGCAAAGGGGACGCGGUAGUGAGGACCAGGGGCUGCACCAAGGAAAAGACCACCAAUAUUCUCCUUUAGUAGUGGAACAUCCUGAUCCUGCUUGAAGAGCACCAGAGUUCUGAAGGAGCAUCUAGUGAUCUGACUGCAAGAAGAUGUUAAAAACUUUAAGCAACCAUCACAAUAAUGGAUCUCUGUCAGAAAAAUGAGACUGAUACAGAAAAUAGUGAAAAUAAUGAAAUUCAAAGCACAGAAGAAACUGAACUCACCUGUACUUGUCCAGAUGAAAGAAGAGAAAAGAAUCAUGUUUGUUGUCUUCUCAAUAUCAGUGACAUUACACUUGAACAAGAUGAAAAAGUCACUGAGUUUAGCAUCAGGACUGGAUGGGAAGAAGCGGUCCAAGGCUGGGGAAGGACUUCUCCAACUGCCUGCAUCUGGCCAAGGAAGAAACCAAAAAAGGCGAGGGUAGGAGAAAGUGCCAGCAGUGGCUGCUUAGUCUGUGUGAAUCUCUCCCAAGGGAGCCUCGAGGUCAAGCCUCCCACAGAGGCUGGGACAGUAGAGGCAGGGGCUGACACAGAGGGCAGCCUGGAGAAGGAUCGGAACAGCCUCUCCCAGACCCAGGGGUCCCCCCAGGGCUCCAGCACUGCUUCCAGGGAGAUUAGUAAAAUCUGCUUUCCCACCUACAUUCCUGGAAAGAGAAAAAGUGUGCAAAUCAAGGAGUUUAUUUUGUGCACACAAGACUGGGCUGUCCCUGAGGCCAACAGGGGCAAGGCCCCCAGGAGUCCGGGGGUUGGCGCUGACAAAGGGCUCUCCACCUCAGACGCCCUGACCACCAAGGCCCUCUUAGUCCUGCCCCCCCUGAAACCUGCACUCCCCAAUGGCUUGGAUGUUCUGGGUAAGAAGAGUAAGAACUUUUUCUUGCAGUCAGAAGAGAAGGUACAGUCAGGAGAGAGUGUGGAAAAGGAUGAGUGUGUGGCUUGUGCAUAUAGAUUGAAAGCAGUUGACCGGAAAGGUGAAAAGAGACCUGUUGAACUGGCCAGGCACCUUAAGGUCAACAACACGCCGCCCUUCCCUUCCCCACUGGCCCGGACAUGCCUGCCCUGUUCCCUCCUGCCUGAGAAAAACCUGGCGUUCCCUCCCAACCCCGGCAACGUGCAGUAUCUCGCCACCUUGCGGCUUUUGCAGAAACAGGGAGUGCGAGGCUACAAAGUCAAAUUCAAAGCCAAGGAGCCGAGACCUCCCGUGAACACCCAAAAGCGCGUUCUCACAGAGGCCAAGCAGGAAAACAGGCCCCAAACACUGGACACCAAAGUGUUCCCGAGACCUCUCUUGCCGUCCCUCACAGUGAGCAGAGUUGUGGUUCCCAUCGACACCCACAGGGUCCUCUGAGUCGGCACAAUAGAAUUCCCAGGGAACACGCACUGCUUGCAGCUCUGAAAUUCCUUCAUCCUUUCUCAUUCUCCUCUCUCUCCUACUACCUCCCCCCCCUCACUUUCUCUUUCCUCUUCUUCUCUUCUUUCCUCCCCCACUUUCGCUCAUCUUUUUUUUUUUUUUUUUUUGUACCAGAAACAGAGGAAAUUGAAGCUCAUUGGAUGGGUUUUGACUUUUUCUCUGAAAUACCAUAUUCAUGCACUUCUGCUGCUGAACCAUUCACACAAGGCAAGCUGGCCACGCCUGCCCAGCCUCUGCCUGCCUUACCUCCACUCCGAGUGGAAGCCAUGGGAAAGGGGGGGAUCCGAAGGGGCACGCUCUGGGCUGGCACGGGGGCCAGGCCAGAGCUGUCUGGCAGGGGCUGCUGCUGCUGCCGCUGCCCACCCACCCUGCCUUAACCCAAGCACAGUGGGCUGGUUGAGACCCAGUUGCUUCCUGAACUUUUGAGCCAAGCAGAUGUCUGUCUGCUGCCUCAUCUUCUUUUGCUACAAAGAUCCGAAGCAUCACUUUAAUAGAAAACCCCAGCCCGUCACCACAGUAUCAUGUGUCCCGUGUAUCCAGGGUGUCACAUCCUGUUGUUUCCAUGCAUACACACUGUCCAUCAUCUCCUGUGUGUCCCAGAUGUCAUGUCCUGGUAUUGCAGCCUCACGCCAAUCUCUAUGUCUGGAAGUUUUAGCCAAAGCUCUACAAAAUCUAGCCUGGGAAGCAGGUUAAGAAGAAUUAGUUUUUUUUGGGAAAAAAAGUCACAGUGAUUAUCAUUGCUCUACAUGCUUCCUCUGGUCUUACCCUGCAUCUCAUAUUUGGAAUCCUUAGGCCCAGAUAUUUAUGGAAUGGAGCUAUUCUUUUCUCCCUUCUCUCCUCCCUCUGCCUCUUACUUUACCCCAGUGCAUAUUCCUGAAGUUGUAUCCAAAUUAAACAACAUUUGUAAAUGAGUUGUAUUAUAAAUACCAGUGAUGUUGCUAUGUA